GCACUUCAACUUUUUGCAUCAGCGCCGUUGAACCCUUGCCUCGCUCUCUCCCCUGGGCUUCCCUUCCGGGCCUGCUUCCACCAACUCCUCGCAGCCGCAUCCUCUGCCAUCGUAUCGCGCCAACAUGACGGUUGACGCCACCACGAUCGCCACGACUGGUGGCAUUUCCGACCCGGGCCUGAUCAAGCUCGUCAACAAACUCCAAGACGUCUUCUCCACCGUUGGCGUCAACAACCCGAUUGAUCUGCCGCAAAUAGUCGUCGUCGGCAGCCAGUCUAGUGGCAAGAGCUCAGUACUAGAAAACAUCGUCGGCCGUGACUUCCUACCCCGCGGUUCCGGCAUUGUCACUCGCCGGCCCCUCGUUCUCCAACUCAUCAACCGCCCGAGCCAGGCCCAGUCGAAUGGGCUCGACAAGGAGAUUACAGACUCGACCGAUAAGCUCGCGAAUACCGAGGAAUGGGGCGAGUUCCUGCACGUCCCUGGCCAGAAGUUCUACGACUUCAACAAGAUUCGCGAUGAGAUCAGCAGGGAAACCGAGGCCAAGGUUGGCAGGAAUGCCGGCAUCUCGCCCGCGCCCAUCAACCUGCGCAUCUACUCCCCCAAUGUCCUUAACCUCACGCUAGUCGAUCUUCCCGGCCUCACGCGAGUGCCCGUCGGCGAUCAGCCGCGGGAUAUCGAGAGGCAGAUCCGCGACAUGAUCCUCAAGUAUAUUCAAAAACCGAACGCCAUCAUCCUCGCCGUCACGGCAGCCAACAUUGACCUGGCGAACUCGGACGGCCUGAAGCUGGCCAGGGAGGUAGAUCCCGAAGGCCAGCGGACCAUCGGCGUGCUCACCAAGGUCGACCUGAUGGACGAGGGCACCGACGUGGUGGAGAUCCUGGCCGGGCGCGUCAUCCCCCUGCGGCUGGGUUACGUUCCGGUGGUGAAUCGCGGGCAGAGGGACAUCGAUAACAAGAAGCCCAUCAACGCUGCGCUCGAGGCCGAGAAGAACUUCUUCGAGAACCACAAGGCGUACCGGAACAAGAGCUCCUACUGCGGAACUCCCUACCUCGCGCGCAAGCUCAACUUCCUCCUCAUGAUGCACAUCAAGCAGACCCUGCCGGACAUCAAGGCUCGCAUCUCCAGCUCGCUACAAAAGUACACGCAGGAGCUCGAAGCUCUGGGACCGUCUAUGCUCGGAAAUAGCGCCAACAUUGUGCUCAACAUCAUCACCGAGUUCACCAACGAGUGGCGCACCGUGCUGGAUGGCAACAACACGGAGCUGUCGAGCACGGAGCUCUCCGGCGGUGCCCGUAUCAGCUUCGUCUUCCACGAGCUGUACUCGAACGGCGUCAAGGCCCUGGAUCCCUUCGACCAGGUCAAGGACGUCGAUAUCCGCACCAUCCUCUACAACUCGUCCGGCUCCUCGCCCGCCCUGUUCGUCGGCACGACCGCCUUUGAGCUGAUUGUCAAGCAGCAGAUCAAGCGGAUGGAGGAGCCGAGCCUGAAGUGCGCGUCGCUGGUGUAUGACGAGCUGGUGCGCAUCCUCACCCAGCUUCUCAGCAAGCAGAUGUACCGGCGGUACCCGCAGCUCAAGGAGAAGAUCCACGCCGUGGUCAUCAACUUCUUCAAGAAGGCCAUGGAGCCGACGAACAAGCUGGUGCGCGAUCUCGUGGCGAUGGAGGCGUGUUACAUCAACACGGCGCAUCCUGAUUUCCUAAACGGCCAUCGCGCCAUGGCGAUCGUCAACGAGAGGCACAACCAACAACGACCAGUGCAGGUUGACCCCAAGACGGGCAAGCCCCUGGCCUCGACGCCUGCGCGGGCCGGCAGCCCGACGCUGGGUGGCGACGGCGAGUCGUCUAACACGGGCUUCUUUGGUAGCUUCUUUGCUGCAAAGAACAAGAAGAAGGCCGCCGCCAUGGAGCCGCCCCCGCCGACGCUCAAGGCCUCGGGUACGCUCUCGGAAAGGGAGGGCAUUGAGGUCGAAGUUAUCAAACUGCUCAUCUCGUCCUACUACAACAUUGUCAAGCGCACCAUGAUCGAUAUGGUUCCUAAGGCGAUCAUGCUGAAUCUGGUCACCUACACAAAAGAGGAAAUGCAAAAGGAACUGCUCGAGAACAUGUACCGCCAGAGCGAGCUGGACGACUUGCUCAAGGAGAGCGAAUACACCGUCCGUCGCAGGAAAGAAUGCCAGCAGAUGGUGGAGUCGCUGACUCGCGCGAGCGAGAUUGUCAGCCAGGUGCAGUGAUGUGACGGCCCGGAACCGAUUUGCCCUCUUAUCGCUUU